UACGAACCGGACCGAACUCGUUGGCAGAGCUCCCUCCCCUGAUCACAUCAUCAGAAAGCCACCCCAUGCACGUCGCACCCGCCCCAUUGCCGCUCGUUCUCAAUCUCUCUCAAUCUCUCUCUCUCUCUCUCUCUACCUUUCUGUCUCUCUCUCUCUAAAGGGCGAGCGAUUCGAAGCUGAAAGAGAAGAAUCUGAGGGUUGAGGUUCACGCCAUCCCAUUCCCUCUGUCUGCAUUGGAGUGGAUUGCUUCACUUUCCUCCUCCAAAAAUGGCAUGAUGUUUGCCUUUGCCACCAUUCCUGUUGCAGAUUUCCGCAUCUUCUUCUCCGUCUUCUCAAUUUUCUAGAUUUUCCUUUUGUUCCUUCCGACUCGUGGCCUGCGAAUGCCGUGAUUCACCUUCCCUCGAGGCUCCCACGUUUCCCGAUUUUAGCAGAGUAAGCUCUCCGAUGAGCUUCUCGACUCAUUCUCCCCGCGAUUCACCCGAUGAUUCCCGUAUUUAUUGUGCGUUUCGGCCUGGAAAUUGACGGAGCUUCGUGCCCUGUGAUUGCAGAAUUUUGGACACUUCCUAUUUCCAUUUGUUGCCCGUCGACGAGGAGAUUCGCUUCUUUAUGUGUUGUUUUCUGAUGAUUUCCGUUUUGAGAUUUUGUCUUUAUGCUCCUAAUGUGAUCAAGAUACGAAAUUAUCCUUUCUGUCGAAAACUUAAAACCUGCGUGUGAUUGUUGCGCGAAGCCGAAAUGGUGAAACCCUAGCUAUCUCUGUGAUUGCCUUGGUUUCCCGUGAAUUCAACCAGAAACUCAGCUUCCUUGAUGGUGAACUAGGCUUGUGCGAAGAUGGUUUCUGGUGGGGGUAACAUAGACUUGCACUCCACGGAUAACAGUCUGAGAGGAUUUAGCACUGAGCUAGAGGAUACUCUGCAAAAUGAGCUGGAAUUGUUGCUACGAGCACAGCGUAAUCAGCGGAUAAAUGAUCGGGAGAAGCAGCUGAAUAUAUACCGUUAUGGAAGUGCCCCGCCAACAGUGGAGGGAUCACUCAGUGCUGUGGGCAGUAUAUUGGGAGACUCUGGUUUUGGAGAUGGUAAUGUCUGGACUAGAAAUACCAACGCAAUUGCAUCUUGUGAGGAUGACAUCCGAUCACACCCUGCAUAUUUAUCGUACUACUAUUCCUGUGAAAAUGUUAACCCGAGAUUGCCCCCUCCUCUGCUGUCGAAGGAGGAUUGGCGGAUAGCGCAAAGAUCUCAAGCUGGUGGGUCAUCCCUUGGGGGAAGUAGGGAUUUCAGGAAGAACAAGAACAUGCUUGCGGAGGAUGGUAAUCACUCAUCUUUGUUCUCAAUGCAACCUGGGGGUUCUGGACUUUCUGUUCAGAAAGCUGAGAAUGAUUUGAUGGAAUUGAGGAUGGCCAAUAGGCAGGCAGCAGUAGAUUGGCUUGAGGGAGGCUCAGAUCGGUUGAUUGGUUUGGAAGGUUCGGCGCUUGGUGCUAGGAGGAAGAGUUUUGCAGACAUCCUUCAGGAUGGGCUUGAUCGUCCUUCUACUUUGUUGGACCAACCAUCACGCCCUCAAAGUCAUAAUGCACUUGCUGAUAUGCUGGACAGAAUGAGCAUCUCUGAUUCCCAGCUGGUGGGAUUAUGUAAUAGUGGAACCAAAACCACGGGGAACGUCUUUUCGGGUACUGGCCCUCCUUGUUUGGCAAGAUAUUCAGGCCCAGACAGCAUCAGUUCUCACUCUUUGGGUUCCAUAGGUGCAUCUCUCUCGCGGAAUUUAACCCCUGAGCCGCAGGUUGUUGGAAGGUCCCCAGGCAUUGAUUAUCUGCCAGUUGAUGCUGCCAUUUUUCCUACCCAGAGGAACAGCAUGAUUGGCUCAACUUUUCAACACGGUCGUUCUUUGAGCAUGGGUGGGCCUGAUGACAUCGCAGCUUCUUUAUCUGGAAGCUUUUCAAAAGUUAGAAAUGCUUGCCAUACUAGCCUUCUGCAGUCUCAACUUCGUGUGGGUUCUGAUAGUCAGCUUCGAUUUUCAGCUAAGAUGCCCAAGGGUCAGAAUCAGAGUUUGCAGCAACUCAUUGAUGAAGCUGGUUCCAGCAGAUUUGCUGGUUCUGAUAAAGUGAUUGAUCUUCAAAGGAAUAACAGGUCUGCAACUGAUCAUGGAGAUUUUGAAGCAAGUUCCAUGGAGUAUACUAAAUUUCCUAGACAAACUGCUUCUUCAACCAAUUUAUACUCAAAAGUGAACUCUUUAGGCCUCGAAAGUCUGGAAGGAUUAGACGAUCGCUACUGUCAAGGGGAAAGCAUUCCAAAUAUUGAUUUUUCUGGGCAUAUUCCUGUUGGCUAUUCCUCAGAUGCAAAGCUGAAGUCUGCUCCCAAAGCUUACUAUGAUUCAGGUUCAGCUCUGAGUGGUAUCGAGGAUGGUGGACUUUUGAGGAGAACUCCAUUUGAGCUCGGAAAUGACAUUAAUCCUGCGCUUGCAGACCCUGCUUACCUUCAGUAUAUGCGAAAUUCUGAUCAUGUUGCUCAAGCUGUAGCUAAUGCGCAUGACUUCUCUCAGAUCAGGGGCCAUUUGGGUUCUUCCCUAGGAGAUCUGGAUGAGCUCCAGAAAGCUUACCUUGAGGCUUUGCUUGCUCGACAGAAGCAACUGUAUGAAUUGCAACUCCUUACCAAUUCUACUGCAGCAAAUCUCCGUAACAUGGGAAAUCUAAAAUAUGGAAUGCGCUUGCCAUAUACUGGUAAUACAAGGACAAAUUCUGGAAUUGCUCCUGUUAGGUAUGGAACUCCGACGCCUCAUGAUGAACGAAUUGCACAUUUUGCUUCAAUGUUGAGAACUUCGACGGAAGCACCUAUCGGUCCAUGGUCCUCCACUCCUAGCAGCAACAUCGAAGCAAAAUUCGGUUCUUCACUACUUGAUGAGUUCAAGAACAACAAGGCCAAGUCUUUCGAAUUGUCAGAUAUUCUCGGUCAUGUAGUUGAAUUUAGUUCGGAUCAGUACGGGAGUCGCUUUAUCCAGCAGAAACUAGAAACUGCCACCGAGGAAGAAAAGGACAAGAUAUUCCCUGAAGUCAUGCCUCAUGCUCGAACCUUGAUGACUGAUGUCUUUGGAAACUAUGUGAUACAAAAGUUUUUUGAGCAUGGCACUGAAAGUCAAAGGAAGGAGCUGGCCAACCAACUUACCGGUCAUGUCCUGCCUGUCAGUCUUCAAAUGUAUGGUUGCCGGGUGAUUCAAAAGGCUUUGGAGGUAGUUGAGGUAGAUCAGCAGACUCGAAUGGUUGCAGAGCUUGAUGGUUCCGUUAUGAAAUGUGUCCGAGAUCAAAAUGGUAAUCAUGUGAUUCAGAAGUGUAUAGAAUGUGUUCCUCAAGAUAGAAUUCAGUUCAUCAUCUCAGCCUUUUAUGGUCAAGUCGUGGCACUAUCAAUGCAUCCCUAUGGCUGUCGCGUUAUUCAGAGGGUUUUAGAAAACUGUGAUGACCCAAGCACACAGCAAAUCAUUAUGGAUGAGAUCAUGCAAUCCGUGUCCGCUUUGGCGCAAGACCAAUAUGGAAAUUAUGUCAUUCAGCAUGUACUGGAACAUGGAAAACCUCACGAACGAUCUGCUAUAAUUAGCAAGCUAUCUGGGCAAAUAGUGAGGAUGAGUCAGCAAAAAUUUGCCUCUAACGUUGUGGAGAAAUGUUUGACAUUUGGCUGCCCUGAAGAGCGUCAACUAUUGAUCCAUGAGAUAAUUGGUUCGACUGAUGAAAAUGAACCUUUGCAGGCCAUGAUGAGAGAUCCAUUUGGGAACUAUGUGGUGCAGAAGGUCCUCGAGACUUGUGACGACCAGAGUCUCAAGUUCCUUCUGAACCGCAUCAAGGUUCAUCUGAAUACAUUGAAGAGGUAUACCUAUGGGAAACAUAUCGUCUCCCGUGUGGAGAAGCUCAUCACUACAGGAGAGAGGCGUAUAGGGUUGUCAUCCUCGCUUUCUUCUUGAGGUACAUGGAAUAAAAAAGCAAGCACCAGCUUAUUUUAGUGCUGCUGCAAGGUUCGAUACCCUCUGUACAGCAAUUGCACAUGACCGUUUACAUGACUAAAGCAUCCUUUAUUUAGGGAUCAGUAAUGCUGUAAAUAGAAGCAAAGGUAUAGCAUUCCUUGCAGUAUAUGUAAAUUCGGGAAGUUGUAAUUGCAUAGUCUCGGGAGUAGAAUAAUGAUGUCUCGGAAUCGUAUUGCCAGGAAAGUUGGAGUUUUCACGUGUAUAUUUGCAGCUGUAAAGGGGGAGAUUUCUUGACCAAUACUAGUACAUGAUGUACAUAUCAUGCAAAAUUUUGAAAGAGAACCACAGUAAAUUAUUCGACUCUCCGGGCCAGUUCCCCUUCAGCAAUUAAAUCGGAGCCUCGGAGCUAUCUUUUCAA